GAUCGUAGACUAAUUUAGAUCCCGCGCAUGUGUUGCAAAAUUCUACCGGCUGGUAUCAUAAUUUCGUGAAAGAUUGUACUGAUUCUCUAAUUCGUCACUGAUAUAAUUUUUUAAAAUGAAACCCAUUGCUCUCUUUGGACACGAGAGGUCCAUCACACAGAUCAAGUACAACCGUGAAGGUGACCUUCUAUUCUCCACCGCCAAAGACACCUCACCUAAUAUCUGGUACUCCAUCAACGGCGAGAGGUUAGGAACGUUUAAUGGUCAUGGAGGAGCUGUAUGGUGUAUUGAUGUUGACUGGGAUUCACGUAAAGCAAUUACAGGAAGUGCAGACAACACUAUGAGAAUGUGGGACAUCAAAACUGGUAAAUGUACAGUAGAGCUGGAAUACAAGUCAGCUGUAAGGACGUGUGGGUUCAGCUACAGCAGUAAUUACUUCUUCACUACCACAGAUCGUACUAUGGGACAGACUAGUGAUUUAUGUGUGUAUGAUGAGAGGGAUCCCGAUCAAAUAGAAAAUAACAACCCAUUCAUGAGGAUACCGAUGGAUACAUCCAAGAUCACAUCAGCAAUAUGGACCUUUCAAGAUACUGCUAUCUUAACUGGUCAUGAGAAUGGGGAACUGACGCUUUGGGAUAUACAGAUGCGAGAUUCCAUAGGAUCAACAAUUGAUAUUCACCAGAAACAAAUCAAUGACAUUCAGAAACACAGCAAGUACGACAUGGUUAUCACAGCGUCUAAGGACUGCACAUCUAAGCUAAUUGAAUUACCUGAUCUUACUCUUCUGAAGACGUUUAAGACAGAAAGACCUGUUAAUUCAGCUGCUUUAUCCCCUAUUAAAGACCAUGUAUUGUUAGGAGGCGGUCAGGAAGCCAUGGACGUUACGACUACUUCAGGGAGGGUUGGUAAAUUUGAUGCUCGCUUCUACCAUGCCAUCUUUGAGGAGGAGUUUGGCAAGGUCAAAGGUCAUUUUGGUCCAAUCAACAGUGUAGCUUUCCAUCCUGAUGGAAUGGGAUUCAGCACCGGCGGAGAAGAUGGCUACGUCAGAGUCCAUUCAUUUGACCCCAAUUACUUUGAGUUUGAAUUUGAAUAUUAGCCUUCCCUGUACAUUUUAUUACAUUUUAUUUCCAUGUAUGUACAGACUUUCCUUCCACUCAUCAUAAUGAAUACAUACGGAAAUCGCAGGAUGAAUUCUUAACCUGUUGGAGACUGGUCCCGCACAUAUAUGGGCUAGAGUCUAUGGAAACAAGUGUUAUAGCAAACUCAUGCAGUAUCAAAUGGGUUAAAGACAUCGCACAUAUUGUGCCCUACCGAAAGUCAAUGCUGCAUCUUUUUUUUGCAGGAAUGCUGUAAGCAUCUUAUCACUUAUCACACUCAUCGUAGACGAAACGAUGGGAAGUGCAGAGAAAGCUGUUGCGAAAAGACGCAUAGUGCCUCAAUAGUGGAAUUCAAAGGCGCGAUGUAUCUUUCACAGGGGCUUCUCAUCAAUGUGGCUAGGAUGAAUGUGAGGGUCAGUGACUAAAGGUCAAGUCCACCCCAGAAAAUGUUUAAUUUGAAUCAAUAGAGAAAAAUCCAACGAGCAUAACGCCAAAUUUUUUUAUCAAAAUCGGAUGUAAAAUAAGAGUUAUGACAUUUCAAACUUUCGCUUACUUUUCACAAAACAGUUUUAUGCACAACCCAGUGAUAUGCAAAUGAAAGAGUCAAUGAUGCCCCUCACUCACUAUUUCUUUUGUUUUUAUUGUUAGAAUUAUACAAUAUUUCAAUUUUUACAACCAAGUGGCAAUUAACUAAUGUAUAUGUUUAUUUCAAUUUCGUCUAAUGCCAAUUCGUCCAAUUGCCAACUUGUCUACUAUUAUUUGGUCUACCAUCAAAUCGUCCACUAUCCACAUGGUAUAAUUGCCAAUUCGUCCACUCACCUUUUUGUCUGUCUAAUAACCAGUUGGUCCAAUAGCCAUUUAGUCCAUAUAUAAGUGUUAAUUGUACAAAAUGAAUGAAAACGAAAUGGAUAUUAGACCAACUGGUUAUGAGACGAAAUGGUCAUAGACGAAAUGGUAAUUGGACAAAGUGAUGAUUGGUUUGGACCAAAUGGUUAUUACACAAAAUGUUGAUGGAUCGAAUGGCAUUAGACUAAAUGAAAGUAGACCAUGUGGUGAGUGGGUGAGUUGGCAGUAGACAAAUUUACCCAUGUAUACAUACAGGCCUAGUGAUCUCACACUGAACCAAUGCCUUCAAGGGGCCCAUUUUAUGAAGGACUGUUGUAACUUUGCCAUUACGGCAAUUACCGUGGUAACAGGGCUCAGCAGCCAAUCCCAAUCAAGGUUUCCAUGGCUGUUGCCAUAAUUGCAAAGUUGCCAUAAUUGUAACUUUUUAUGAAAUGGGGCCCCAGGUAUUAAAGGGGAAUCCAACCCAAAUAAAAACUAGUUUUUAUAAGAAAAAGAUAAAUCAGACAAGUUGAUAUGUGAAAGUUUGAACAAUAUUGAACAAACAACGAGAAAGUUAUGAAUUUUUAAAAGUUGUAAAUAUUGGUAAUCACUUUACUCAUGGAGACUUCAAAUUGGCCACAUAUGGGAUGUCAUAGUGAUGUAAGGCAAGGACUACUCUUCCAUGUACUCCACUACAUAUUAUGGCUAAAAUGUCAUUUUUCCGAAAAGUUAUAUUUCAAAUUACAUUUUUCUUUCAUGAGGACAUUAAACAAUAUACUACCUGGGUUAUAUUUAGAUUACUGCCCCAGGGAAAUAGGUACUUAAGAGAAAACCACAAAUCCCUGAUAAUAAAGUACAUGGCUUAUGGGAAAGUUGUCCUUGCCCCUUGUCAUAAUUUACUUACCCAGUUGCCAAUUUGAAAUCUACAUACUAUUAGUGAUCCCAAUUUUAAAGCAGCUAUAACUUUUUUAUUGCUUGUCCGAUUUCUUUCAAAUUUUCACCAUUCUGUUUAAUGUAUUUUUCUCCUUCCCAACACAACAUUUUAUGGCCAAGGCUGGAUUCCCCUUUAAAUCUCUAGCAUUAUUGGUCUUUGAACUUUGCACCCCUGAAAUGUUUGUUUAUCAUAUUGCACUAAAUUCAUGCUUGUUGCAAGAGUUUGAAAGAACUGUUCUGUAUGUCAAGUUAUUUUAUAAAAAAACAGGGCCCCUUUAAAAAAGGUUGCCAUCCAAUUUGUAAAUUCCAUAGAAUAUAGCACUCUAAUUUUAUUUGUCUCUGGGCACUGUCACCAUUGUAGUUACUAUUUGAUAGAGCUCUACCGUUUGAUAUUAAAUGUAUCAUACCGGUAGUUCAAAUUUUAUGCGAUGGGACAAUCAAAGUAGCCAUUACAUUGUCACACCAUACAAAGACAAGCAUGAACUAAGUUCAAUUUUGAGAAAAAUGUGCAUUUAUUAUUGGACCUCUUUGAAUGUAGAGUGUUGAAAGAAACAUACACAUGAAAUGUACAUGUAUGUAAAAACCACCUCUGUGAAGUCAAACUUUUUCUUCAACAUGCCCAGUCAUUUAUUAGAACAUCAAGCAACCAUUAGUUGGCGCUGCACAGCGGCUGCCGGGCCCACGAUCAAUUGGGCAAAGCAAAUUUUCGGAGUAUUUCACUUCAUGUCUAUUUCGAACAAUAAAUUAUGGAUUUUCAUUUUUCAUUUUUUCAUUAUCCAUUAAUGACCUGAAGUUUUAUUGAUCAGAGUCUGAUAAUCUUCUUAGGAAAUUAAGAUAAGAUUAGAAGUUAUAUUUCCUAUGAUGGCAAGCCAGUUUACAGUAAUGGCCAAAGUCGAUAAGAGUCAAAAGUAAAUGAAUUAUGAUGGACCAGUUAUAUUGCCACUAGUUUUUGAAACCGACUUUGUGCAUGUGUGGUCGAUAGUGCUGAUUAUGUUUUGGCGCUUUUUUAUAAUCUUGUUUUAUUUUCACAAAGAAACAUUCAAACUUUUGGAUUAAAGAUACGAAAAAAAAAAAUGGGCACCUGAAUUGAUUGUUAAUAACUGGUAUUCUAAAAACAUAACAUUUUUGUCGCUGUCCAUCUUCUUAAAUUAAUAAAGCCAGCUAUCAGUAUCAGGGGAGCUUUCCAUGAAGCGUUUUGUCUGAUAUUUACAAAGAUGGAUGUUAUCAGCUACUGAAUUUCUUUGCAUCAGAUUGGCUGUGGGAAAAUUAGUCAUUGGAAUUCACUGACAAUGCUCUUCAUGAAAAUGCUCCUCGGAUUCCUUCCAUUUUGUCAGAUACAAUUUAUGAUAGCUUUGUUUAUCUCAUAUUUUAUUUAAAGCAUUUGUCUGGUUAGUAAGUUAUUUUGUACCUAUGUCAGUCUCUGAGCUCUAUUUUCUGUUUAUUCCCCAUAAUGUAAUAAAGAAAUACUGUAGUAUGUAUCAGAA